AUGGCGACGUCAGCUUCCUCUUCAGCUGCCAUCCUGUCUACCAUGAAACAUGUCACAACAAACAAAUGGGACAAGGCAGAGGCUCGUUUGCAAGAAAUAAAAGGUCAUGUGCGUGACGCCGAAAUGCGGCUCGUUUGCAAGCCAGGCAGCCGUGAUGCCGAUCAGCACAAGCUUGAGGCCGAUGUUGCGAGUUUGCUCACCGCCGUCCGGAAGGCUUACGCCGGAGCGCCCAGCAUGAGCGUAAGCACCCGUGCUGGUCUCAGAUCCAGGGGCGCGGCCUAUGAAUCGCUCGAGACGCGCCUCAACACCAUCGAGCGGAUGCUAUCCAAUGCAAAGUACUCAUCCGGCUUCUCGACCUCGGCUGCCCUGUCGUGGCGCGAUGAGCUGCUUGCCUAUCUGCGCCAGUCCCAGCGCCGCAUGGAAUAUACUAUACUCUUUGGAAAGCUGACCAACGAAUGGGCCAACUUCCGGUUCGGAGAGCUCUCGGACACGAUUGUUUCUGCAAAGCAAGGCGGCGAACAGCAAUCCGAUGCUGUCUCGGAGGAUGAGGAGGGCCCCGUUUCUGUCGGCCGCAAGGAAAUGCACGAGCAGAGACAGGUCUGGGAAAGCCUGGUCACCAAUCCUCGGACAAGCGACAAGGACAAGAUUGUCGAGUUUCUAGACAAUCUCUUUCAUGCUGCUCCGCUGCAGAAGAAGAGCAGUAGCUCGGUCGAGGAACUAGCCGACUUGCGCACAACGCUCUUGAAGAAGAUGCGCAAGUCCAUCUUCAAUGCCUGCAAGCGCACGAUCCAUAUCGACGUUGCCACAGUCAAGGCUGCGAUACAGGCCAUCCUCGCAGCCGACCAACUAACCAGCGAGAAGCGCCGCGCCAUGAUCGACCUCAGCAAUAGAGAAAACGUGCUAAGUGAGAUUGCCGACAUCCUCAAUUUUGAUUUGAAGCUCGCGGCCGUUGAGCGGUGGUCAUGGGGCGACGCUCCAAUCCAGGCACAGUUGCGCAAGGCCAUCAAUGGGAAGUACCGCGUGUACAUGGACCUUGAGCUACUCGACUCGAUCCUGAUUCAAUGUGUCGGACAGGCCGUCUCGGUGCACAUCGCAGCCGCGCUCAGGGAGGCGUGGCUGCCAGCCGUCUCAAGCGUAUGGAAAGCCAAGGAGGACGAGGUUCGCACGGCGGCAAUCGAGGCCCAAAUUCCCAAUUUCACAAGCCAAAACGCGUCCAACUCGACCAGGCAACUGCGAAACGACAUAUUCAAGACCAUCUUUUUCUCUCCGCGUCUACCGACCAGUAUGACGGAUGGAAGCAGCGGCGUUGGACGCUACGAUGAUGAUGGUUCGGAUGCCACCGAGGAUCAAGUGCAGGCAAACUUGACGAAUCUUCGGAGUGGUCCGCCCAACGUUGUCAACCUUAAGACGGACAUUCUUCGUGUUUGUACCGCAGAAAUGGGCGUCCAAAAGAUCGUCCACGGACAGUUUUGCCUGCUGCAGAGCGACUUUGAGUGGUUUGGACCCUCGCUCCCGCAUUCAACUCUCACCACGAUCAUGGAAUACUUCCACUUUCCCAAGGAACUCGUUCAGUUCACCAAGUCGUUUCUGGAUAUGCAGAUACAAUUUCAAGAAGACGGUUCGGAAGGGGCUGUGCUUACCCGCAAAACUGGCAUCCCCGUGUCCUUUCAACUGACCGACGGCAUCUCGGAGCUACUCCUCUUCGUGCUAGAUUUUGCGGUUAACCAGAAAACUGGAGGGUCACAUCUCUAUCGAAAUCAUGAUGACUUGUGGUUCUGGGGCCAACCAUCCCAGUGUGCGGCCGCUUGGGAGACCAUACGUCAAUUCACCCAGAUCAUGGGGAUGAAGCUGAACAAGGAGAAGACUGCCUUUGCUCACGCUAUUGAUGAGUCUAAUCCCCGAUACAAGCCUGCAUCCAAAGAGGAGCUGACUAGUCUUCCUACUGGGAAAGUGAAAUGGGGAUUCCUGCUGUUUGACGAGAAGCAGUGGAAGUGGACAGCGAACAAGACGGCAAUUGAGCAACACAUGGACGAACUUCGAUUCCAACUCAAGACACGCACAUCCGUCAUGUCGCAUGUGCAAGCCUACAAUGCCUACAUGAAGAACUUUUUGCCCAACAACUUUGGUCCCGUGAUUGUCGGACUGGGCGAUGAUCACCCUGUCGAGGUGCUGGAAGCGCUGCAACACGCGCAGCAGUAUCUCUACGGCGGCGGUGAGGGCGAUGGAAAGUCUUCUGGCAACGUUGCCAGUCAUGUGCGGAAGAUGAUACAAGAGCGCUUUGGCGACGAAAACAUCUAUCCGGUCCCAGAUUGCUUCCUGUACUUGGGCGUCGAGCACGGCGGCUUGGGCCUGGCCAAUCCCGCACCCGCAAUUGCCCAGUUCAUCCAGCUACCCAACAAGGACCUCAAGGACGACCACAAGCCGCUCCCUCCCAUGGAAAUGGCCCUCAAGAAGCUCAACUCGGCCGUGUCUGAUCACUACCGCACGGAGAGCAAGCAGUUUGCAACCCGCCUGAACAGCAAGCAACAGAAGAAGCACAUGGCGGGCUCUGUCCAGAUAGGAGAAGGCAGAAACGGUGACGGUGAGCUGUCGGACCUGACCAAGAUAGCAGGAAACGGUGUCCCGCAGUUCAUGUCAUUUGCGACGUACAUGGGCACGACGGAGGAGCGGAGCGGCCCGAUGAGCCAAUUCUACGAGACGCUCCUUGGAGAGCCGGACGCGGACUGGUCGGUGUCGAGCAAGACGUGGGCGGUGAAGAUGUUUGACAGCGAGCUGGAGGAGUUGUUUGGGGGGCACAUGGCCGAGGAGGAGUUCUUGUCGCUGGGGUUGUACAGGACGUUGGCCGAGGAAAAGGUUCGAUGGAGCGGUUGA